AUGAUGACUUACUUGAUAUUAAUGGCAAGAGAUAAUGGAAGUAUGCAUCGAAAAGAGUACCUUGAUGAAGCUGACGAUAUCAUAAGUAGUGUCCAGAAUAUAACAAUGAAAUAUGGAGAACGUCGUUUGAUCUAUCGUCAAAUGUGCGAACCACAUUGUUUUGGGGAUGAAAUUUUCAAACAAUUCAAGAGAGCUUUCGAUAUUUCCUAUCGGGGAGCCCUGGAAUUUGGCAUUGAUAGUGUCUUUUUUGAUUUGUCCUAUCCAUUCGGACACAUCAUGACUGAUCGAGUUCCAUUUGAUCGAUGCCUCUAUGGAGUUCGUUUGAAAGAUUCAAAUGCUUCACAACAGAGCUCGUUCUUUUUCGGCCUCCUAUCAUUUAUUGAUAGGAAUCAGUCAAUAGAAACGCAAAUCACUAAUAUGGAGUACGUUAAACUGAUCGUCUUAUCACUCUAUGGGAACUUGGAAACAACAAAACAAGCCAUUGAAUACUCGUUGUGGGAACUGGGAGCAUAUGAAUAUAGUGGCAAAUACAAUCAAGAAUUUUACAAAAACAACACAUUGGUAGAAUUCCUUGUUUUCGGCAAUGAAAUACUCAAUAUGGAAAUCAACAAGGCGAACACCAAGCUUUCCCCGUAUUUCGGUGGAGGUAUGUAA